AUGACUUUUUCUGUCGUUGUAUUUAAACAUGAAAAUGUUGUUGAGGCUGUUCCUUCCAAUUGGCUAUCAAAAGAUGGCAUUAAGUGUGCUUGGCCAAAAUCAAAUUUUAAUCCUCAAAAACGGAUUGAAAAAAUGAUGCAUCCCAAUACAUAUGAGUACAACUGGUAUAAUGUACGGGUUUUGGCAACAGAUAUUAUAAGUUUAAAAGAAGCUAAGAUGAAAGCUACUAAAGCAACAUUUACAUCAGACUUGUCAUCAUCAAACGAAGGAAAAGAAACCAGAAAAGACAGGUACAAAAAACAAUUUAACAGCGAUAAUUGUUUAAAUACUUCAACACAAAAGACUAAAAAAAACAAAACGUUAGAGGCCGUUCAGCAGAAAGUACCAAAUCCUCCCAAGUUUACAGAGAAAGCUGAUGUUACAGAUACUGAUGAUUUGGAUACUGACAUGAUAUAUACUCCUCAAAAACUUAAAGGCAAAAGAAAAUUGUCAAAUACGUCAUUUGAUGAUGAAUGGAUGAGGGAAAAAAAUUGCCGAAUAAAUGACAAACCAAAUUUGUUAUGUGAAGCAAUUCAAAAAUCAUCUCAAAAACAAACUUUUAGUGAAAAUAAUGUGACAUUAAUGAACUCACCCGCUGGCAUGUGGAACAUAGCUGAUGAUGAUGAUAAUGAUGAUGGCAAAAGCAUGACAAUAAAUCAUAACGAAUCUUAUUUCGACAACAAACUCGACAAAAUACAAAAAGAACUUAACGGUAAAAUUAUUGUAAAAUAUUAUAAUAUUUUA